AUGUUUAAAGCUAAUCCAGAGAUCAAGCAAGAAGAAGAAAAGCGAGAAGAAAUCUCAUUCAUCCAAUUAGAUGAUGAGGUUUUGCAAAAAGAGCUUGAUAUUUUAUUAAAAGAAGACCCGAGAAAGUUCACGCUACAUUCAGAAGAAGUUUCAGAAGCUGACAAAGACUUGGAGGAGCUAGAAAAUUUUUCACAUACCCUGGAUUCAGUUACUGUGAGUGGUUCUUUGGAUGAACAAUUGGCAGAAGAGGAAAAAGGAAUGGAGGUGCAACACGCCAAUGUGGCAUGCAUUGAUACGAUGCCAUUUGGAAAAGGGUUAAGCACGGGAAAGAAUGCAGGAAUAAAGGAUAGGGAGGAAGAAGCUGAUCACCAAUUCACCACUAAACCUAAAGCACGGACCAUCAUGAAAUAUGAAGUCAUUAAAUUUAAAGAGAAGGAUGUUCAAGAAUUGGUGAAAAAGAAGAGGGUAAAGCAGAAUAAGAGAAAAAAGAAAGCCCAAGCAGCUGAAGAUGAAGCAAUGAAAAGGAGAAGAGACGAAUUGAAGAGGGCUUACAAGAAAAAGAUAAAUCAUGUUCAGAAGAGGACAAUCUUCAACUGGUAG